CUGAAGAAGCCCGGUUCGGUGGAGGCGGUCGAGGAGUGUCCUACGGGAAAACUGCUCCUCAUCGGCUACAAUCGCAGUCUGAUUGCCCUCUGGGACUACGAGCGGCAGACGCUGGUGAAGCACUUUAUCAUUGAGCAGCAACUGGAGUCGCUCAGCUGGCACGCGGACGGUCAGCGCUUCAUCAGCUCGCACAACGACGGCUCCUACAUUACCUGGGACGUCGACAGUGGCAGCGACCAGCAGCAUUCGUCCUCUUCUAAGCUGCCCUACGGACCGUUUCCCUGCAAGGCGAUCACCAAGAUUCUCUGGAGCAGUACCGCUAAUGGAGAAUUCUUCAUCUUUGGCGGCGGCAUGCCGCGUGCCUCGUACAGCGACAAAGAGGUGGUCUCUAUACUCUUCUCGCAGACGUCGGAAAACCUCACCAGAGAGAAGAACCAGGUGCUCGACUUUACCUCCAAGGUCAUCGACUUUCUGCUGGUGCCUUCAGCUGCCGACUCACCGACCAGUGCUGGUCCUGAAGCGCUGGUCGUCCUCGUCGAGGAGGAGAUCGUCGUUAUUGACCUGCUCGCCGAGGACUGGCCGCAGCACAAGCUGCCCUACCUCAGCUGUCUGCACUCGUCGCCGAUCACCACAUCGGCGCACUACUCCGCCGUGGCCGGCAGCAUCUGCAGUCGCCUGCUGGAGGCGGGAAAUAGCAGCAGCGGUGGCGGCAGCAUCACCUCACCAUCCGUUUCCUCCUCCUCCGGGGCUGGCUCCUCAAAGUACAGCACCAACAGCUGGCCCAUCACCGGUGGCAUCAGCAAGUGCCCUCACCAUCACAAUCAACAGCAAGCCGCUUCAGCAGCCUCGAGCGAAGGCUCGCCCAAAGACCUGCUCAUUACCGGGCACGAGGACGGCACGGUUCGCUUCUGGGACGCCUCGAGCACCUCGCUGAAGCACCUCUACACACUGGCCACCGCGCGGCUCUUCCUCUCCGCCGACGACGACUUUGCGAUGAUUGACGGCGACGAGGGCGGCGAUGAGCAGCUGGCGAGAACGCACGAAGACGACGAGACGGAUGAGUGGCCGCCCUUCCGGAAGGUGGGCAACUUUGACCCCUACACCGACGACCACCGCCUGGCCGUUCGCAAGAUUGCCCUCUGCCCGGUGAAGGGCGUCCUGGCGGUGGGCGGCACCGCCGGCCAGGUCAUUGUCUUUGAUCUGGCUGGAGCCGCCUCAGAGCGAGCCGUGGGCGGCGAGCCGGCGCUCACCACGCUCAAGCUGAACCUGGUGGACGACAAGGACGGCUUUGUGUGGAAGGGUCAUGGAGCGUUGCCGGUAAGAGCUGUUGGUAAACCAAAGGCCAGCUCUUCGGGUUCUGGCUACCAGCCGCGAACGCUGCUGCAGAUCACCCCGCCGGCGGCGGUGACCGCCCUCGCCGUGGGCAGCCAGUGGUCGGUGGUGGCCGCCGGCACCGCCCACGGCUUUGGCCUGGUCGAGUACGUCCGCCAGUGCGUGCUGAUCUGCAAGACGACGCUGAAGGCGGCCGGCCAUGCCUCGGUGGCCGGCGGCGAGGCGCUGAUCAGUCGGCGAAAGUCCUUCAAGAAGAGCCUCAGGGAGUCAUUUCGCCGCCUGCGAAAGGGCCGCUCGCAGAAGGGGAAACGGCCCGGAGCGGCUGGAGCAGCUACUACCACAACCGGAGUGACAACCAAGUCCACUGGAAGACUGAUGGGCGGCGCUGAAGAGGUGGAGACUAGGCCGGUGGAGCGGCAGAUUGAGGCGCGCACCGAGGCGGACAUGAUGAGCUCCAUGGUGCGCUACCUCUACUUCUGCACGGCGGUCAUUGUAAAUAACACCCUCUACCCGUCCUUCUGGGUGGGCACCAACGCCGGCACCGUCUUCAUCUACAUUCUCGCCUCGGACAAGGCGGCGCCGGCCACCGUCUGGCAGCUGGCGAAGGAGGUGCAGCUGCAGCACAAAGCGCCCAUUGUCUUCAUUCGCCUGGUCGACUCUACGGGGACGCCGGUGCCCGAGUCGACGGGAGUGCCUAAGCAGCAGCAUCUGCAUCAUCAUCAUCAGCCCCACCAAUCCCAUCACCAGUCAUCCUCGGCGGUGGUCAGCACUCGAGUGCUGAUCUGCUCGGAGGAGCAGUUUAAGCUCUUCAGCCUGCCGCACUUCAAGACGCUGAACAAAUUCAAGCUGACGGCCCACGAGGGAGCGCGCGUCCGCCGCCUUGAGGUGGCCACCUUCGCCUCGAAGGCAAACGAAGGCAGCGUGGAGCACUCGCUGGAGUGCCUUACCAACCUGGGGGACGUCAGCCUCUUCUCGCUGGUGGACUUUCGCCGCAAGUACCAGUGUCACUUUCUGAAGAAGGAGGACAUCAACGGCAUCACCAGUUUGCUGCUGACCAAGUUUGGCGAGGGCUUCUACCUGAAGUCCAGCAGUGAGUACCAGCGCUUCACCCUCAGCUCCAAGCGGACCAACUACCCCGAGUGCUUUAUUCAGCUCCCAGAGCCGGAAGCUGAGCCGGUGAAGGAGCAGGAAGAAACAGAGGUUGCAGAAGUGGUGGCUGAAGAGGCGACGACAGUUGUUGAGUCUGCUGAAAAUAAGGUCGAAGAGGUGAAGGUGGUCAAUGGAAUCGGCUCAGAAGAAGAUCACGAGGACACGCAGAACAAGCAGAACAACACGACCACAGUCCUCGACACGACCAUCACCUCGACCACCUCUUCAGCUACAACACACAACAGCAGCGGCAACACCACCUUCAUCUCGCAUAAUCACAGCAGCUCCUUCAACAACACCGUUGAGAGUGUCAUUAACCACCUGUGUGAAGCCGUUGAGGCCGAUAAGCUGUCGCCAUCUCCGGCUAAGAAUGGCGUUGCCUCCGCUGCCUCCUCUCCCACAACCACCACCACCACCAACAACAACAAUGUCGUGACCUCCAAUGGAUCAGUCGCCGGGGGUGACAAGAAGGAAAAGGCCGUUUAG